AUGCGAGAUGGGGUUUACAACUUUUAACGAGUCGGCCACUCGAGCAGACGAGAACCAUAUAAAUCCGCUUAAAUUCCCCUUCCCCCUUUCACUCUUUUUCUCUCUUAAACAGCUCCAAAGAAACCCUAACAAAAAUGUCCGGGUACGGUCACGAAGGAGACGGAUCUGCUCCACCGCCCGUUGGUGGAGGCUACGGUGGAAGUAGCGGUGGCUACGGAGGUAGUGGUGGAGGUUACGGAGGUAGCGGUGGUGGUGGAGGCGGAUAUGGAGGCAGCGGUGGGGGAGGUGGUUACGGAAGCAGUGGUGGUGGAGGCAGUUACGGAAGCAGUGGUGGUGGAGGUGGAUCCUAUGGCGGAAACCGUGGCGGAGGUGGAGGAUAUGGAGGCGGCGGCCGUGGUGGAAGUGGAGGUGGAGGCGGAGGCGGAGGGUAUGGCAGUCGAGGUGGAAGUGGUGGCAGAGAAGGAGGUGGUGGUGGAGGAUACGGUGGUAACUCACAAAAUCGUGGUGGAGGUGGAUAUCAAGGCGGAGAUCGUGGGCGUGGAGGCGGAGGUGGUAGAGGUGGUGGACGUGGCAGUGGUAGAGAAGGAGACUGGCCUUGCCCUAAACCGGGCUGUGGCAAUUCGAAUUUUUCUUGGAGAGCCGAGUGUAACAAAUGUGGGACCCCCUCUCCUGCUGGCGCGGGUGGUGGCGGUGAUCGUGGGCGUAAUGACGGCGGCAGUUACAAUAAAGGUGGGGGCGGACGCAGUGACAGCAGAGGUGGGAGUGGUGGUGGAUAUGGUGGUGAUAGAGGAGGUAGGGGCGACUAUGAUGGUGGGAGCGGUGGCGGAAGUAGAGGAGGCGGUGGUUCCUAUGGCGGCAGUCAAGGAAGAGACAGUGGUGGUUAUGGUCAGGGGGCGGCAGCAGGGUAUGGUGGAUCUGACAGUAGUUACCCUCAACCACCUUCCUCAUAUGGGGCUAACACUGGUUAUGGAACCGAUGCUGUCCCUCCACCUGCCAGCUAUAAUGGUGGACCAACUUCAUAUCCACCUUCUUAUGGUGGUGGUGGUGGUGGCGGUUAUGGUGGUGAUUCUGGUGGUGGCCGUGGUGGCUCAGGUGGUGGAUAUGGUGGUGCUCCACAGAGUCAAGGCGGUUAUGGUGGUGGUUCUCCUGCUACUGAUGCACCAGCGAAGGUGAAGCAGUGUGAUGAAACGUGUGAUGAGUCAUGUGACAAUGCAAGAAUUUAUAUCUCAAAUUUGCCUCCAAAUGUGACUGUUGAUGAAUUGAGAGAACUCUUUGGAGGCAUUGGACAAGUUGGGAGAAUUAAGCAGAAGCGAGGAUAUAAGGAUCAGUGGCCUUAUAACAUUAAGAUCUACACUGAUGAAAAAGGAAACAACAAAGGAGAUGCUGCUUUGGUUUAUGAGGAUCCUUCUGCAGCACAUUCUGCUGGGGGAUUCUACAACAAUUAUGAAUUGAGGGGUUACAAAAUUAGUGUGGGAAUGGCUGAGAAAUCAGCUCCAAGGGCUCCUCCUGCUCAUGGUGGUGGUGGUGGUGGUGGAAGAGGAGGUGGCGGAGGCUAUGGUGGUGGUGGUGGACGCAGGGACAACUACAGAGAUGGUGGUCCGGAUAGGAACUCUCAUGAAGAGAGGAGGAUUGUAGUGGAUUGCAGGCAGGGGGUUCUUGUUCUUGUUCCCUUGGGGAGGGAGUUUAAGAGAGGCCAAUGAAUGCCAAGACUAGAGGAUCAUAUAUGUGUACUCCAAAUCUGCUUCUUCUUCUUCUUCUAUAAGGUAGGUAGAUUAAGAGAUAUUUUGCAGGUGAGUGUUGCUGUUGCUUGCUAUUUGAAUAACAACCAACAAAAUUACUACUAUGACUACUCCCUGCCUGAUUCAUUUGCAUUGCGUGCCUUUUUUCUUCUCAACACUAUUCUGAUGAUUAAAACCCAAAUCUGCUGGAUGAGCUGUUUCAGUUUCACCCACUUUUCAUUGUAAACUGUGUGUUUUGUUUUUUGUUUCUGUUGCUGUGCUGUGAUGUGAUGUGGUGAAAGCAGCAAGGAGCUGGAGUAUUUUUGAAAACAGGACUACUAAACAUGCUUCUAAUGACCUAAUAUGCUGAGCACUUGAAAUGUGUAAACUAAUGAUAUGCAGUUUGUAUGAUUAAGUAGUAGAGAACAUGAGCGUAACAAAUAUACUACAACACUCUGUAAUCAACUUUUUCUUUAUUUAAAACAUAAAUCUUGCAAAAUACAAGUUGGUCUGCUACUCUUACUUAUGAAUUAUGAUGCAAUAGUCACC